GUGCGAGGAUGCACUUGAGAAAUUUACUCCUCUUAUGAAUUCCACGAUGGACAUCAAUUCUACUUAUACGUAGAAGAUGAUGGACGCUACCGCAAUUGUAGAACCUUUAUCACCAAUAAAAUCAAACGAAACUGUAGUAAUUAAUAAAAACUUGGCUAGUAGUAUAGGAAAAAAUAAUGAACCUAAAUUUACAUCACGGUCGCCAAUAACUCUGCAGGAGGAGGUUCAGCAGCUGAAUCAAGCGAUUGGACUCACCGAGUUCGAAGAAUUAUUCGCAGAAGAUGAGCCAUCCCGUGAAAGGGAAAUGUCUAAUAGAAACAUGACGAAACAGGACAUUCAAAAUGAAAUGAAGAAAAAUGUGCCCGUAAGAAGGAGAAUCGAGGCCUUUGAAAAAGAAAAAAUUUCAGAAAAAGCCAUUGUUCAAAAACUGGCACGAAGAUCUGUCGAAAAAGCAAAAAAAAUCUUAUUAGCGAAACAAAAGAAGGAGACUCAGAUGAUGACAUCGCAGGUAACAUUACAAACAGUAUCAAAGUAUUCUUCUGUUAUAAAAACACAAGCUAUUAUUCAUUCGAUAUUUUAUCCAAAAUAUAGCUCCAAACAGCAAGGUCCACUUCUGUUUUGCACAGUAAACCUGACGACGACACAUCGGACGAUGAAGCCAGACCAAGGCGUACAAUUCCACAUUAGGCGCAAUCGUACAUACGCGAAAAUGAACUUGCAAUGCAACGAUAAAUUCCGAAGAAAGCAGUCUAUAAAUUCUUUGAUAGAAGAAUGUGCACACCAGAUUUAACUGAAAUGUUUGAAAAUAUAGAUAGGAGUAGAUUACAACGCACGUCCAGUGCAAUAUGGAAGACAUCACCGCGUUAUUCCAUGAUGGAAAACGAAUAGAAGUUAUAAUUUGUUAAACUGAAUGUUGUUGAUUUCAAAUUGUGCCUUAGAGCAGGAAUACUUGCCAUACCUUGCGUGUAAUAUAAAAAUGAUGUUACAUUGCAACUAUCGUUAAAAGAUGUAU